AUGCUCCUUAACUUAUUAGAUGGUAUCAAUCAUCUGCGAUUUCCUGGAACAGACUUGGUUUUCGUUCCCAAUCAAGCCGUCAAUGAGAGUGCGGCGAACCUCGUGUCCAGAAGAAAAUUGAUGCUAACGAAUGCACUUCCCCUGAAGCAUCUUCGACCUGGUCUCAAGAAUGGCUUUUUUACUGUAAGAUUACUUCCUCCUCCUUUAGCUCACAAAGACACCCCCUUGACGUUGACCUUUAUUGAAAAUUUGAGUACGCGGACACGAACGAAGAGCCUUGCUACACAUCUUGUUCUCAAAUGGGCACUUGGUGGGCUUAGCACCAACAUCAAUGACACCGAAGACUUUACGUGUAUGGCCUUAGACACUAUUGGGCUCUGCUCCAUGGGGUCUCGGCUUCGACAGCUUUUAUUCAUCCGAGAUGAAUCCCCAUGGCUAACUUUCUCCCUGAGGCCGGUGACCGAGGGACAAGGUCACUGCCAGGCAUGUUUUACCACUCUGAGGCUCAGAAAUCCUACAAAGAUAAUGAAAAAUGCGUUCUACUACUCGCGUGGUAUUAAAUGCCCGGAAGAGCGGUCAACAAUCAGCGAUGAUAGCAUCAUCAGCGAUCUUAUGACAUUCCUCGUGGCCGGGCAUGAGACAACCUCCAGAAUACUUUCUGAUACAUUUUAUCAUCUUCCCAAAAACCCAGAGACAUUUGCCAAGACACAACAAGAGGUCGACCCUGUACGUGGAAAGGGGCCAGUCACAUUGGCCCAUAUCUCUAAGCUGGGCUAUAUCAAUGGCGCCCUCCGCGAAGCUCUUCGGAUCGACUCAACGAUUCCGACAAUAGGUCUCUCUCGUAAGGAAGACACAACGCUCGGCGGCAAGUACUGUCACUGUUCAAUCGAGAUCCAACCGUCUGCGGCGAAAGUUCCUAUGAUUUCAAGCCGGAGCGGAUCACGGAAGAGAACUUCAACAAUCUCAAAAGAUAGUUUCCCAACUACCGGGAGCCAUUUGGCGAUAGCAAACGAUCGUGUAUCGGUAGGGCUUGUGUCUGGCAAGAGCGUCUGA